UUCUCUGGCAGUAGAUGAAACAACACAGAAAAUUAUAGAACAUGUAUUUCCACAAGGAGUACCUUGAUUUGAUCUUAGUCCCUGGUGGGUUUCUGAUCAUAUUUUCCUAUCAUAUUUUCCUUCUUUCCAAACACCUCAAUGAUUCUGACUCUACAUUCAUUGGCCUAGAAAACAAAGACAAGAAACAAUGGGUUCAAACAAUUGUGGGUGUUGAAGCAGCCUGUGAUAGAGCUGUAAAUGUGAUCUCAAGCAACACAGCAGCAGCAACUUACUUAGCCGCAAUCUCUCUAACUCUCUGCUCUCUUAUUGGAACAUGGCUUGGGAGGAGUUCAGCCAAUGAUAUGUUUCAAAGCAUAAGCAUUUAUGGUGAUACAAGUUCACUCACCAUUUUUAUCAAGGACAUAAGCCUUCUAGGUUGUCUGCUUGUUGCUUUUUCAUGCUUUGUUCAGGCUGCAAGGCAUCUAGUUCAUGCAAACUAUCUCAUGAGUUCACUAGACAAGAAAAAUCAUGUGAAGAAGUUGCAGUUUGCUGUAAUAAAAGGAGCUGAUUUUUGGUUGUUUGGGAUUAGAGCUCUUUAUUUUGCUCUUAUUAUGGUCAUUUGGUUUUUUGGUCCAAUACCCAUGUUUGUUUCCUCUAUUCUCAUGGUUAUAAUCCUCUAUUACCAUGAUAUUUACACUGUUACAUUGCAUAAUGUCUAUGUGGAGCAAGAAACUCAAAAGAAUAUAUUAAUUUAG